CUCUCGCUCUCGCUUGUACUUUAUUUAUAUUGUAUUGUGCCCGUCGUUGUUGGAGACGGUCGUUGCUGUGGUUGUUGUUGUUGUUGCUGUUGCAAUUUAUUUAACAUACACAUACACUGUCGUUGCCGUUGCCUGCUUCUCCUGUAUUGUUCGUUACAGGUUUCAGGAGAUACACACCAGCCAGUCGUUUCUUUUGCGCUCUCGACUCUUCGCAUCUGUCGCGCUCCCCGUUUCAGAUCUCGACUCAGCUUACACCUUGACUUCGGUUACUGUGGGACUUGGAUUCUUCCGUUGCUAUUGUUGGUAUCGUUGGAAGUGGUGGAUUAUAAUUCCUGGCACGAGUUUUCUUCGCUUUGAUCCAGCACGUUCUGGAAUCCCGCAGCCUUGCUUGCUUGCAUUGUUUCCCUCCGCACCAACCUUUUCUCGUCGCAUUCUAGCACAUAUCCACUCCACACAUUCACGAUGAAGACCUCCACGAUCCUCCUCUGUCUCGCUCCGACGAUAGCCCUCGCCGUCGAGGCCGAUCCUCAAAUACCUCCCGCUGUGUCUCCUACGCCGUCCCUCCCCAAUGCCAACCCGCCCGCCCCGUUGCCUGAGAUCCCGAUGCUGUCGAAUGCAGAGCAACAUGCGGAGUUACGGAAGAUUCGCACGCUGCUAGAGGUUCAAGAUAAUACAGAUGCGACACGGGUGCAGGAUCAACUGCCCGAACCAGCGAGCGGGAGAAUCGGCCUGGCCGCAACGACAGGGGAAACCAAAGCGUUGCGCGCACGCAGUGAAGGCACACUCGGACAAACACCAUGGAUUGGCAUGGCCAUUGGAUUGACCUGUACGGCAUUGGCAGCAGUGAUGCUGGGGUGAUACCUUCCAACGAUUAUCGUCGACUUUCGACUCGACGGUUCCUGCUGCACCAACUUGCAUUCGGAGUUAUAUUAUAAUUUCUUUUCACGACAGUCUUUGGCGACUAGACUUGGUUCGGUCGCUCUCUGCUACGAGCGUUGCUUGCAUUGCAUUGCAGCAGCCACCAUCACUUUUGGCUGUGCUGCAGUUUAUUUUUCGCUUCUUCACUUCACUUUUUGUGAGGUCUGCAUUACUUUUCGACCUUUGCAUUCAUACCAUACCCCAUGUAUAGACCGGGUGCUUUUUACCUUUCACCUUUACCUACUUCUACUGACGCUUCUUGUACGUGUACAUGAUACCUUGAUUUGUGCCAUUGAGGCUAUUGUUUGAUGAUGUAUUUACUAUUACACUACCUUACUACUACUACUACUUACACUUAUACUUACUACUUAACUG